CUAAGCUAGUUAAGAGCUAGCAGCCAUAGCUGUUAGUUACCGUUUGAAUGUAGCCAGAGGAGGAAAUUAAAGAGAAAAAAAGGUUGUGUCAACAAACAAACAAAGUUGGAGAAUAUGGUUCUGAAUCUCUGCCUGCCGCACUUUUAUACAACAGCUCACUGUGACAAGCUGUGUGCAGAUGGCUACGAUGUCACAAAUCUUGUGUCAGCUGACCCUGCUCUCCGGAGGCGGGGCUUCAAGCUGGAGUACUUCCUCCGUCCACCUGUACAGGUGACGUUGAAGUUUGGCUUCCAGGUGGAGCUGUGCAGGGUAGAUGUGCAGCUGUGGCCCUGGGGUAUGGACAGAGGACAGGCCUGCAAGAGACUUGAGAUCAGCACCAGCUCUGAUUGGCUACCGUCCCAGACUUUUGGUCCAGGUCACAAACAGGUUCAGCAAAAGGAACAAAUGCAGAUGCAGGUAAAGAACCAGAGUGAACAGAACAGAGAAAAACAACAAGAGCAAGGCAGUAAAUCUCGCCAGCGUAAUGGCCACCAGUGGAGUCUUCAGGCCCGACAGUGGGGAGAGGAGGCUUUGGAUGAGCCUCAACAAAGGAGCCAUGUGUGGGAAUCCAGUAAUCUUGAACCAGAGUUUAAACUGGUAGGUCGUUGCGAGCUUAGGGAGGAGACCCAAGUUUGCUUCACACGUUCAAAUUUUAAACCCCGGCCGCCUUUCCCCUCGCCACCUCCUCCACAACCUGCAAACUGUCGGAAAGAGGAGCUAUGGAGCCGAGGUCUGCUCUCGUUAGGCGCUGUGACACAACUUCGUGUGACUGUACCAUUUGGCGGCGCGGCGUCUGCUCUGGGGCUCAAGGCUUUGGUCGUGUGGGGACAACCUGCUCACUGCUGCCCUGCAGAAGAAGUGGAGAGGAUUAAAAGAGUCCACGAGGCGAGUGAAAGAAAACUACCAAGACCUGUGUUUUUUACCUCUUCUGAUAGCCAGACGAAACCACCACUGCAAGCAGGCUCACCUCCAAGGCAUGUCGAUCUUUCCAUCCCGGAAGAAUUCCUUGACCCGAUAACCCAGGAGGUGAUGCUGCUUCCCAUGCUGCUCCCCAGUGGUGUGUCAGUGGAUAACACCACACUGGAGGAGCACCAGAAGAGGGAGGCCACUUGGGGUCGACCCCCGAAUGACCCCUUCACGGGUGUCCCGUUUACGUCAACCUCCCAACCUCUUCCUAACCCCCAACUGAAAAGCCGCAUUGACCACUUCCUCCUGCAGAAAGGGAUGAUCAGGAGGGACGGGAUGUUAGGGAGACAAGGAGAUGGAGAGAAUCCACAGGCCUCAAGGCUUAUAGCCUCCAAAGUAGAUGAACAGUCCCAGAAGUCAAUGUGUCUCAGUAAAAGCUCAACAAACACGACCAGAAACACAAACAGGACUACACAACUAGAAAAUACUGGAUUAGGACACUCAUCAGACAAUGGGAAUCACACGUAUACCUCCCAGCCUCUUACUCCAGAUAGUAAAUCAGAGUUAGAGAGAAGAAAGAAACGAGACUUAAGUGGAAUUUCCAAAGGAUCAACAGAAGGGUUGGCAGCUGAGAAGCAACUACUACCUCAGACAAAAAGGCCAAGAAAUGAUGCAGUUUCGUUCCCCAGCUGCAGCUCUCAUGAGCAGCGUUUGUCAGCCAGCCUGGACGAGGCCCUGUUCUCUGCCCUGCAGGGACGUCCCUGCUUCACCUCGAACGUGUCCCAGCAGAAACGGGUUACUCCUGACUCUGAACCACCCAACACCUCACAGCACCGUCAGACUACAGGCACUCCAAGCAUGCCAACAGGUGAAAGGACGUGUUCUGCAUGUUCCUGUUCGGUCUCCGUUUACUCAAAAUCUGCAUCCUCCAUCUACCGUCUAACCUGCACUCACUUGCUCUGCUAUUCCUGCCUGCGGAGGGAAUCGCAACCACUAAACUCUGUCACUGUAUCGACUUCCAAUCAUAUCUUGUGUCCCGCCUGCCAAAGCCCUACCCCACGCAGUGACAUCGUUCGUGUGCAUCACUGACACAUGCCAUAAAAGGCUCAUCUACGCCUCGAAGCCAGUGAAGAAAUGAGAACUGUUCUCAAGGUGAACACGGGAUUGUACUGCAGAUGUGGCGUGUUGUGGCCAUGUUGAACUCAAAGUGUGAAAAAAAAAAAAAAACACUUAACAGCUAAAAGUUACGGAUUGUACCCAGAUAAAUUGCGUGGUUU